GCCGCUGACGGAACUCGCACGAGCGGAAGUGGGAGCGCGAGGCGGAUCCGGGCCAGGUUCGGCAAAGCCGCUCGGCCCAACCGUCUGGGACUAGUAGCGCAGACACUAAUCGUCGGCUCCUCAACACACAUUAACACCACAGUGCCUGAACACAACUUCUUCCAAUCGGGGUUUAUCCACCGCCCCUCGGAAGAAAGGGGAGGAAGGUUCAGGAAGAACACGGAACAGCCUCCACUUGCUGGUAUUCUGUACAUCAUUGAAAAUGGCAAGGAAAGAUGCUGGUGCUUCUAAAAUCCCAAUUGAUCACUACCGGAAACAAAUAGGCUUAAGAGGCUGAACGGCCUACUCUUGAUCCCACGUGCUACAGAGAAACAGGUACGCAGAUGAUCAAUAGACACACACAACGCUAAAGAGAAGAAUAGUGAAGAUCUCGGAAUGAGCAAACACUUGGUCAAUGCAAGCCAGUCAAAUAUGCAUCAAGAAUCCACAAGGAAAACAAGAUUAUAAGAAGACAAAAUCAGUUUUAAGAGCAACAAGAUUGAAAGCAGAAGCCAAGAAAACAGCACCAGGAAUAAGGGAUGUGGCGCUCAUUGUUGCAGCUAUAUUGAUUUUACUUGUGGCAAUCUAUGGUUUCUUUUACCUGAAACUCACCACAGAAGUAGACCUUGACCUGGAACCGGAUGAAAAUUCAGAAAUGUAACAGAUGUUCUCCUUUUGGGAAGCAUUGACAACCACUCAAAUGGAAUUUGCUGAAAUAUUUUGGACCAUGAGGAGACUGAUGUGACUUUUUACCAUGUACUUGCUAAGAAUUCCAAAACAUGAACAAUUUUACAUGAAUUUCACAUGACGUUGUUCAUGAGAUCAUAGGGUCUGUACAGCUCACAAGUCUGCAUCUUAAAGUAAGACAUAUUUAAGUGGUAAUUCUUCUUUGAAAAUUCAGUUUAAUAAUACAAUUGAGUAUUUCAACUAUGUGGGCCAGAAAUGUUCCACAUUGAAUCUGUAAUGAAUGCUAACUUACAUUUUACAACUGUUUCUUUGCUGCAAUUGGCCACACCCCUUUCAGUUAGGACAGACCAUCUUACCUCUUCUUGUAGGUGAAAGUUCGUAUGUGGGUACUGCGUAAGGAUGUGGUUCAUCUUGGUUAUAAGAAUGACUUGAAUAACUUGCCAAGGGCCCCAGUCCUGGCUCACAAGUGGCUCUGGAAUUAAUGGGGUUCCAGGGUCCCAGCUGUACUCCAUAAAAUCAAGGAUGGACUCCGGCGGUUUACCCCACUGUUUUUUAACAUUCAGGGGGGCGUUAAUUGCCUUGAGGCAAGAUUACCUCCCCUAAGUGUGUUGAGAAUUCCUCCUUUGAGAGCUCCCAAACAAUCAAAAGUUGGCAAAACUAUGAUGUGAUAAGGACAGGCAGAUAGGCCGUGGGAUUCACAGCACUCACAGUAUCUUAUAGAACCCUCUGAAUUUCAAAUAUACACAGCUCAAAAAAACAACACUUGAAGAAUAAGCACUUGAACAAUGUAUUAAAAAUUAACAAAUGACUAGAGUUUUAGAACAUCAUUGCGUGUGGAACAGGAGAGAUGCAAAUUUGUAGAAAAAGAAGAAAAUUAUAUUUGUAAAUUGAUUGAAUCAAAUAUACCAUGGAUCCAAUUUGUAAAUGAUAUUUUGUUAAAAAUGAAACCACACCACCUACCAGACAACUGUACAAGAAUCAAUAAAAAUACAAUAACGGUAUCAGCAUGAGAAUGGACAAGUGAGAACAAAUACCAUCAACAAUAUAGGAAUCAGUGAUCGUGCUAGCAACUCAGUAAGUAAUUUAGGUUUAAAAUGGGGAAGCAAGCAAUGAUUCUGGGAAUUCUUUUAAAUUAAUAGACUGGACUGGAAUGUUUAGUGGUAUAGUGCCAAAAUUAUCACACAUGAAACCCUCUUCUCAACACUGAGAUUAAUUGUAAUUGUACAUAGACAUAGAUACAUGUUGAAAGAGUAGCAUUACAACAAAUCAGUAAGUUGUAGCAUAGCUGAAGCAUUGUAUUAUUUACAUGGAAAAUAUUUUUCUAUAUUUUUAUUCUCUUUAAACAAAUGUGUUUUUAACUUUUUUCCUAAACUUAAUAUCUUGACAAUUGAUAAAAAUAAUAUGGUCAUAAGUUAGCAAAUGUAUUUCUGUGUAUGUUUUGCAGCAUUACUGUCAUGUACUUUAAGCAAAUUAUAUGGAAGUAUUUCUUGUAUUUGUUACUAUUGUAUGUGCAUGUGUUCUAUU